GCGGUCAGGGUCCAGGGCGGGAUGUUGCGACGAGAGAGGGGGUCCACCGCCCAAUUCAGCCAAUCAUCGGCUCGCUCCAACUGCUGGCGAUGCCCCUGGUCACAUAAUUUUGGGCUGCCCCAAUGUGCCCCUCCACGACCCUCCAUCAGCGCCAUCAGCUCGAGGGUUCUCCUUUUCUGGCCCACGGUAACGUUAUUACAACUCCGUCCGUAUCCAUACCUCUAGGCCUAUCAACGGCAGCUUGCCAUUGCUCUUGCCAACCGCGAUCUGGAGCUUCCUCGUUGCUGGCAUCUCCUCGAUCCCUCAUAAACCUGCCUCCGCGCCCCCUCGAUCUGUUUCAACCCGCUUUCGUCUUUUUCUGGGGUACCUCCUUCCUUGCGCCAAACUCCAACCCAGCGGCUUCAGUUUCCUUUUUCCUCACGCCCAGCCUAGGCUUCGACUACCUUAUACAUAUUAACCAUCCUAAUCCUCAAUCAUAACGCAUAUUUACUCCACAAUGGCUGAUAUUAAUGUUGACGUUCUCGUUAUCGGCGCUGGCCCAACUGGCUUGGGUGCUGCCAAGCGCCUCAACCACAUUAACGGUCCUUCGUGGUUGAUCGUUGACGCCAACGAGAAGGCCGGUGGUCUCGCCUCUACAGAUACCACCCCUGAGGGUUUCCUCUACGAUGUUGGUGGCCACGUCAUCUUCUCUCACUACAAGUACUUUGACGACUGCCUCGACGAGGCUCUUCCCAAGGAGGAUGACUGGUACACACAUCAGCGCAUUUCCUAUGUGCGCUACAAGGGCCUCUGGGUCCCCUACCCUUUCCAGAACAACAUCUCCAUGUUGCCCGACGAGGACAAGGUCAAGUGCGUUGAGGGCAUGAUUGAUGCCGCUCUUGAGCACCGUGUUGCCAACACCAAGCCCAAGGACUUCGAUGAGUGGAUUUUGCGCAACUGCGGCGAGGGUGUUGCCAACAUCUUCAUGAGGCCCUACAACUACAAGGUCUGGGCCGUGCCCACCACCAAGAUGCAAUGCGAGUGGCUCGGCGAGCGUGUCGCCGCCCCCAACGUCAAGCUUGUCACCAAGAAUGUCAUCCUUAACAAGACUGCCGGCAACUGGGGCCCUAACGCUACCUUCCGCUUCCCUGCCCGCGACGGAACCGGUGGUAUCUGGAUUGCCGUCUCCAACACCCUGCCCGAGAAGAAGAAGCGCUACGGCAAGCACGGAGAGGUUACCAAGGUCGAUGCCGAGAAGAAGAUUGUCACCCUCGGUGACGGCACCACCGUCAAGUAUGGCAAGCUUAUCAACACUAUGGCCGUGGACCACCUUGUUGAGAAGAUGGGCAACCAGGAGCUUGUCUCGCUCUCCAAGGGUCUUUACUACUCCUCCACCCACGUCAUCGGUGUCGGUAUCCGUGGCGAGCGUCCUGAGCGCAUUGGUGACAAGUGCUGGCUCUACUUCCCCGAGGACAACUGCCCCUUCUACCGCGCCACCAUCUUCUCCAACUACUCCCCUUACAACCAGCCUGAGGCCGGUGCCAAGCUGCCCACCCUCUACAACGCCGACGGCUCCAAGGCCAGCUCUGAUGAGGCUAAGGAGGGUCCUUACUGGUCCAUCAUGCUCGAAGUUUCGCAGUCUACCGUGAAGCCCGUCGAUGAGGAGAACCUGCUCAAGGACUGCAUCCAGGGUCUCAUCAACACCGAGAUGCUCAAGCCCGAGGAUGAGAUUGUCUCCACCUACCACCGCAAGUUCGACCACGGCUACCCCACCCCCUCGCUUGAAAGAGAGGGUGUCCUCAAGGAGCUUCUCCCCAAGCUUCAGGAUAUGGACAUCUGGUCCCGUGGUCGUUUCGGCAGCUGGAGGUACGAGGUUGGUAACCAGGACCACUCGUUCAUGUUGGGUGUCGAGGCUGCGGACAACAUUGUCAACGGUGCUGUCGAGUUGACCCUCAACUACCCCGACUUCGUCAACGGACGUCAGAACACUGAGCGCAGGCUCGCUCAGUCGUUCGUCUUUGGCGUCAAGGAGGAUCUUCCCAACUAAGAGAAGUAAACUUGGAGGAAAGGAAAACUAUAUAUCACUUUGGAAUGUGGAUAAUUGCGAAACGAAGUAAGGAUAUACGCAGGGCAUGAAAGCGAGGGAAAAUCUUGCACUUGCAUAACUACGAUGAAAUAGUACAAGUUGCUUUGCUUCAUUUAGCGAGCACAUGAGCUUUGUUAAAACUUAAUGAUAAGAGCAAUCAGCCACAAGGCUGUCCCGGAUUCGUGAC